AUGAAUAUUCUUCAUAAUUGAUGCUUAAGAUGUUUUUCAUCAGACUCAAAAGAAGCUAAAGAAACAAUACAACUUUCUCGAAGGGAAAGCCAGCCUAAAGUUGAAGCUGAAAAUAAUGUUAUAGAAAAACAAAUAGAAAUUGACAGUCCUCAGCUAGAUAAAACUUGCGAUCCCAUUGCAGAUGAUUCGAAGUCCAGUGAAUUAAAAAGUCCAUAAUUAAAAUAUGGCGUCUUCGUCUGGGCAUGGCCUCCCGGCCAUGCAGCCUCGACUCAUAUUUUAAUUAUAUCCGGCAAGGUUUUACCAUUUCAGAGAUGGACAGCAAUGCUAGGUAAGCAAUUCUGGUAGCUUUCAGAGCCUAGCCCAAGUCUAUUCUCAGGGGUGGAUUUUUCCUCGUGGGGAAGGAGGGUGCAAGGUUGGAAAGGGGAAGCCCAGCAAAGUCCUCUGGACCAUUCGGGCAACUCCCUAGCGUGAAACUGGGCGUUACGUCCCAGGCUUUGCAUUUUUCCUUUUUGCCGAUAGCCGACCAGAAAAAUCCAUUUUUUGGGUUUUUCGGAAAAGCAACCCAUGUACAAGCAAGUAGCUCAUCCAUGAGCCGUCGAAGACGUGGACAUUUGCCCUGGAAGCACCCUGGUGAUCAAAGCGAGUUUGUCUCCAGCAGACUGGUGGGCCCGAUGCGACGAAAGGCGAGUGAUAAACCUGGAGUUGUAACCCCGUAGUGGACGUUAAGCGAUAUAAAUUCUAAUGUAAUGUAAUGAAUUAAAAAGUCCACUAUCCCCUCAAGAAAUUGAGCUGCCAAAUGGGCAAACUAUUGAAAUUAAAAUAAAGCAAGCCAAAAAGAAGAAAAAGAAGAAGAAAAAUAUUAAAAAGAAUCCAGAAGGGGAUCGAAAAGAGUCUGAAGUCAGCUUAAAAAUAAAAAAUAGGAAGCGAACGUCAUUUGCAGAACGCACUGAGCCUCCUCGGCGCCCUGAACCUACAGAAGAUUUGCCACAGAGAAGAGUGAAUAGGUUUAAGACAGUGAUUUCUCCUUUUAAAGAUCAAAGCUCUGAUGUGCUCAAAAUCCGGUCUUUUAUUAAAUCUUUUGGGACUGCUAAGCAGGAGCCCCAGCAACAACAAAUGCCAACAUUCUUACUCCUCAGUUAUUAAUAAAAAUAAUAUUUAAAAUCUAUAAGCAUUUAUUCCACUAAAAAGGUAUGGGAUUUUCCUAUGGAUUUCACUAUUUUGGCUUUGAUUUUUCCACUGGGAAAAUUUUUUGGUUUGACUAAACCAUAUGGUACUGGUCGAACCAAAAAAUUUUUUCCAGUGGGAAAAUCAAGGCCAAAACAGCGCCAUCCACAGAAAAUUGCAAUAGUAUUUUUCUGAUAUAAUAGCAGAGUUAGAACAUUUAUAG